AUGGCCAAACUGGCGGUCCUCUCCGAAAUUGCAGCAAACCAGACGGAGGCCGACAAGUUUCUCAGCCACCACGACGACCAGGCCAAGGCCAAGGCCAAACUGGAUGGCGCCGCCGCCCAGCUCAAGGCAAUGUCGGCCAACACCACGCUCGUCGCGACAUGCCAGAUCGUCAACGCGCAUGACGAGCUGAAGAGUUCCUGCAAAGAGAUGAAACACCUCCAGAAAUUCGCCGACGCCGCCACCAACGCCACACUCAAGCAGGAGUUCCUCGACAAAGCCAAAAAUGACACCAAGAUCGAGGAUAAGAUCGCUGCGGCGGCAUCGAAGCUGCAGAGCAUGCAGUCAAAUACUACGCUCGUUGACCAGUGCGCUCAGCUCGCGGAAGAGAAACAAGCGGAUAGCGCGCAGAAAGCUGCGUCAACAUCGGCGGCUGCGGCGUCUCCAACUGCUUCAUCUACGUCGAUGGGUGAGCGUGUGGCUGCUGGGAAGGUUUGGAUGGGGCUUGCUGCCGCCGUGGCGCUGGGGGCCGUGUCUAUCUUGUAG